AUGGCGACACCCUCACAACCCCGGCUGUUGCCAUUGCUAACUCUGAAGUUCCUGCUACUCGCCGCGGCAGCAACUCUGUCUCUGUGGCAGGGUGGUGCCUGCGCUGAAGAGCAGCACCGGCUCAUCACGCUUGAGGGUUGCCAGGCCAUGUGCGGCAACAUCAGCGUCCCCUUCCCGUUCGGCAUGAAUCCAGGCUGCUUCGUCGAGGGCUUCCAGGUCACCUGCAACAACUCGUUCGACCCCCCUCGUCUCUUCCUUUACUACAACCGGACAGGACCGCGAACCUCAUUCAGCGAGAUGGGCGAGGCGGCGUACUCGACGCCGACGCCGGUCACGUCGGACCCGGCGCUGGAGAAGAGGUGGGAAGUGCCCGUGGAGCUCAUGGACAUAUCGGUCGCCAAGAGCGAGGCACGGGCUUACGGACUGGUGAGAUCCGACUGCAGCACGACUGCGCGCAACCACUUGCUCAAGCUUCAGUUUACGUGGUUAUAUCAGCCAUUCUACCUGUCAGAGAAGCGCAAUUUUCUCGUCGGUGUUGGCAGGGGCGUCAAAGCUAGGAUGAGCGACUACUUGCUGGGCUCCGCAAGCCCUGAUACGACAUGCUAUUCAAGCAUCGGACCUACCUGCGAGGACGCCUUUCCAAAAGGAAGCAUCCUCAACAGAUUUGGUGUGACGUUUCAGCCAGAUAAUAACACGUUUUGGGAAAGUUCACCCUGCCUCUACGGCAUGGUGGUGGAGAGCUCAUGGUACAACUUCUCUGAUGAGGACAUGCACGGCUACGAGGUGCUAUCCAACAAGUACUCGAGGGGCGUCCCCAUGGUGCUCGAUUUUGCCUUUAGGGACGGUUCAUGUCCGGGUGCGGACGGCUCUGUCCGUCCAGGCUACAGGUGCGUCAACGGCAACAGCUCCUGUGUCAAUGCAACCAGUGCCGAAGGCUAUUUCUGCAAGUGCUGGGAACAUUACGAUGGCAACCCUUAUGUUCCUAAUGGAUGCCAAGACAUCAACGAGUGCGAGCUCCGAGAACAAAAUCCUGAUCUCCGUGAUUUGUAUCCUUGCGACGGGAUCUGUAAGAACAGGCUGGGAGGCUAUGACUGUCGAUGCAAACCCGGAAUGAAAGGGGACGCCAUAAAAGGAACCUGCACGGAGAAACUCACCCUAGCAGCAAAAGUGACUGUGGGUAUUGCUGCCAUGAUUGUUGUCUUGGUCCUCAUGGUUAUGGUCCAUCAGCUACUAAAAUUUAGAAGGUUCUAUGAACAAAAUGGUGGUCCGGUACUAAAAGGUGUAAAGAAUAUAAGGAUCUAUACAAGGAAACAAAUUAAACAAAUGACAAAUAACUACAGGUGUGUAAUUGGAGAGGGCCACUUUGGUAAGGUUUAUCUUGGGACUCUCAAAGACAAAAAACAAGUUGCUAUAAAGAAGUCCAUCAAGGUUGACAAGCACAUGAAGCAGGAGUUCACCGAUGAGAUUAUAAUCCAAUCUGCAAUGAGGCACAAGAACAUUGUUAUGCUCAUAGGCUGCUGCUUAGAGCUGGAUGUUCCCAUGCUGGUGUAUGAGUUUGUAGCGAGAGGGAGUCUGUAUGAUGUUCUCUUCAAGUGCAGAGAUAAGAUUCUACUGGGUACACGAUUGCGGAUUGCCGUUGGAUCAGCCGAAGGCUUAACAUACAUGCAUUCAGCAGGGGAGAGUACAAUCCGUCAUGGUGAUGUUAAAUCUGCCAACAUCCUUCUGGAUGAAAAGUUCACCCCCAAAGUUUCAGACUUUGGGACAUCAAAGCUACUCGCGAGAGGAAAAGACGAGAUGACAGAACUUGUCAUUGGGGACAUGAGCUACAUAGAUCCAGUAUAUAUGGAACAAGGGAUCGUCACACAGAAGAGCGAUGUCUAUGGCUUCGGAGUUGUCCUCAUAGAGCUUAUCACAAGGAGGCCUGCAACAUAUGAUGCUGAGCGGAGCUAUGUUGCAAACUUUGUUGAAGCUUUUGUAGAAAAAAGAGCAAGAAGCUUUAUUGACAAUGAUAUUAAAAGCGAGGCGGAUAUCAAUCUAUUGGAAAUGGUUGGCGGAGUCGCAGUAGAUUGUCUAAAACCCAAUCCAGAAGAACGACAAGAUAUGAAACGAGUAGAGCACCGCCUCCUCGAGAUUGUUGCACAAUCUGAAGAUUAUAGUCAUGAGAGGAACUUCCAGGGAGGUAUUGGUCCGGCACCGGAUGAUGUUGCUUUGCUUAAAGCCUUGGGAGAGUGA